AUGUUUACAACUAUUCUCGAAGCUUUUGUUUCCACAGCCACUGAAGGAUUUAAAAAUAGCUUCAUAGUUUUCAUACCCCAUGGAUAUUUAUUCGAAUUCAAAGAACUUGGCCAAUUCUUUCUUUCACUUCGAUGUUCAAUGUGUGCAUAUACUUAUGGAGUUCUUGUUGUUCAUUUCUAUUAUAGAUAUCUAUCAAUUUGUCAACCAUAUUUCAUUAUUCAUUUUUUCGAGCUUAAAUACAUAUCAGUAACGAUUCUUCUAGUAUUUUUAUAUGGUUCAAGUUGGAUGCUUAUAAUCUUCCUUUCCAUGCUUCCAAAUGAUGAAGUUCAUGAGAUGUUGAAUGAAGAUUUUCAGCGAACUUACGGUUGUAGCAGUUUCGAAAUUCCUCUAAUAGUUGCACAUUAUAAGGUGAAUUCAAAUUCUAAGUGAUUCACUAAAUAAAAAAAAAACGUUUUUUUAACGUUUAAAAAUCAAAAAAUUGAUUCACGAUUGGUAUUUUUAUUCAUUUUUCACCAUUUUCUCAACACAAGUGAAGGUAAAACCCAAUUUUAGUGUCCAGAAAUGUUAUUUCGAGAGCUUCCAAUCAGCCUAAAAGACAAAUUAAGCAUCACAUAUCCCAAAAAUGAAAUUGAGGAUUUUCGAAAAUUUUCGAAAAAUCACCAAUUUCAUUUUUGGGAGAUUUUGUCUUUCAGGAUGAUUAGAAGCUCUUGAAAUAUCAUUUCUAGACACUAAAAUGCGUUUUAGUUUCACUUUAUUCAAUGUGUUGAGAAAAUGGUGAAAAAAUGAAUAAAAAUACCGUUUGUGAAUCACUUUUUUUGGUUUUUUAACGUUAAAAAAACGUUUUUUUAUUUCCUGAAUCACUGCAUUACAAUUAGUCCUAAUGAAUAUAUUUUUCUAGUUUCCCAUCGAUGAUUUUUUGCAUAGCGGAGUUGUUGGAAUGAUUUCCGCAACUAUUAUAACUCUUCUAGCCGUAUUUAUAGAUAUAUUAUUUGCCCUUAAGAUUCACAAAACUCUGCAAAUCAAAUCAAUGAGUGGAAUUGUGAAACGUCUCCACAAAAACGUAUUAGUCGCACUAGUUGCUCAAACAACAAUUCCAUUUUGCACAACUUGUAUUCCAUGCAUUCUUGUCUGGUUUUACCCAUUUCUCCAGUUAAAUAUUGGAAUAGAAGUGAACUCUUAUAUAGUUCCAUUUCUCAGUGCAUAUCCUGCAAUCGAUCCAAUUGUCAUAACUUUGAUAGUCACGGAUUAUCGCAAAAGUUUAUUUUCGAUUUUUAAGCGGAAAAUUGAAAUUGAGCAGAGUCGAACAAGUUGGGUUAGAGGAAGAAUAAUUGGUUUUUCUUGAAUUUUUUUAUUUUUUGCUUUGAACAAAUGAACAUUAUGGGUUUGAAUUAUAGUUGGACAUCGGCUAAAUGACAUUUUCAUGUUUUUUAAGCAAAUGAGUUGAAACAUUGGGUUCUAAUGUUAUCCAUAGGAUAAAAUGGUCUAAGACGAACAAAAUGAUAUAAAUUUUGAUGAUUUUACCUUAUCCAUAAGUGAUUUAGCGACGUUUAGUUGAUAAGGUUGCUAAAUCACUUAUGGAUAAGGUAAAGUCAUCAAAAUUUAUAUCAUUUUGUUCGUCUUAGACCAUUCUAUCCUAUGAAUAACAUUAGAAACCAAUAUUUCAACUAAUUUACUUAAAAAACAUGAAAAUGUAAUUUAGUUGAAAAAAAACAUCGUGUGCAAAUAUUCGUCAGCGUGUUUCGCGUGAAAUCUGCAAACACGCACUCACAAAAUCUGUGCGUUAGAGCGCAUUUUCUUGUUUUAUUUCGUGAGGUAUCUCAUGUUUUACCCCAAAAAACCAGAUACCUCACGAAAUAAAACAAGAAAAUACACUCUAACGCACAAAUUCUGCGUGUUUCCGCAACACUCUGACGAAUAUUUGCACAAAUCUAUCUUCGAUCGUUUUAGACAUGGUCAAAAACACUAAACAGAAGAAGCGGGCGAGAAAAUCCUCUAGUAAUAAGCAAAAAGACCAAGUUGCUCAUAAGAAACCACGAAAAAAAGUGGAAGAAAAUAAUAAUGUUGUUGAUACCGAAUUAUACGAAGUCGAAGAUAUAAUCGAUUGUAAAUUCAAUGGAAAAGAAGUUGUUUAUAAAGUUCGAUGGGUUGGAUAUGCACCGAAAUACGAUUCAUUUGAACCGGAAUUCCGAUUGAUGUGCCCGGAUAAAAUCAAAGAUUUUGCCAUCAAGAAGUUUAGUUGCAAUUAUUCGAAUACUGAUAUUGAUAUGAUUAUGGAGGGAUUUGAAAAAUAUUGCGAUGAACUUUUUAUUGGUGGGAAUUUUCCUGGUUUCGAAAAUAAUUUUUUAUAAUAAAAAUUUUGGCAGAAUCUGCAAAUUAUCUGGCAAUUAUUGGAAAACGAUUUUUUGAGCGUGGAUCUGUUAGUUAUAUUGAGCACAACACAAUCACGGCGAACAAACGGUUUUUGAAAGUGAGUAGAGAAAUUGCAGAUGAGUUAUUAUCGAAAAUCUCCACGCGCUCCACCGAAAUAAACACGCAACGCAGACCGCGCCGCGCCACAACACAAGGGAACGAUUCAAAUUCCCUCUCUUUUUGUGUGUGUUGUGACGCGGCGCGGUCUGCGUUGCGUGUUUAUUUCGGUGGAGCGCGUGGAGUACCGAUGAGAUUUUCGAUAAUAUGACGUGGCAAACAUCGAAUUUUUCAAUGAAAGUUACUUUUUUGAAGAAAAAUUUGAGAUUAAGGCCCAAUAUUUGUGAAAUUUGAAUUUAGAGCGGAAAAAAAUGCAGAAUUUGAAUUUAGAAUUCCGGCGCCAAAAAUCGCAUGCUCAAAAAAUUUCAGAGGAAAAUUGGAAUUUCAAAAUUUCCCCCGAAUAUUCAAAAGUUGCUGAUUCAAAUUUUGGCGGGAAAUAUGAAUUUUAAAUUUGGUGACGAAAAUGCCACGAAACCAGGAACAUUUGAAUAUUCGGGGGAAAUUUUGAAAUUCCAAUUUUCCUCUAAAAUUUGAGCGUGCGAUUUUUAGCGUGCAAAUUCUAAAUUCAAAUUUUUUUCUGCCGCUCUAAAUUCAAAUUUACAAAUAUUGGGUCUUAAACUCAAAUUUUUCUUCAAAAAAUUGAUUUUCUUCAAAAUCUUUUUCUAGUUCUCAAAAUGAAAUUUGAAUUUUUCUUUCCCAAUUCAAUGAAAAAAUUAGCUCCUGAACUUUGUUUGCCACGUCAUAACUCACGAGUUCUGAAAUUUUUCAGUCGAUAAAAAACUUCAAAAAUGACUGGUGUUUCUAUACGCUCAAUAAAAACGACGUGACGUCAUCAGCAAAUGAUAUGAAACAAUAUAUGAGAGAUGUUGAAAGACGCAUCCAAACAUCUAUUGAUUAUCCUCUAGUUAGAGUAAGUUGGGAAUUUUUCAUAAUUCAAAAUGCGCUCCACCGAAAUAAACACGCAACGCAGACCGCGCCGCGCCGCGCCACAACACAAGGGAACGAUUCAAAUUCCCUCCCUUUUUUGUGUGUGUUGUGGCGCGGCGCGGUCUGCGUUGCGUGUUUAUUUCGGUGGAGCGCGUAAGAUAAUACAUAUUAUAGGUGUUCUUCGUAUCUUCAAAAGAUCAAACAACUGCACCGCCGCCAAUCAAAAAUCUAACAUUUGAUUUGUUGCUUCCACCAGAUGAUAGAAAACGAAUUUUGAAACGAGAAAAUCGAAAAGAACAUCCAUUCACUUCUAAAGAACCUGAAAAUGAAUCAAAACUGAAUUCAAGAUGGGAUUUUCUGAAUGAUCCGAUGAAGAAGAAGAUAAAAUGUGCGAAUCAAUUCAAAGUGAAUUUGUCGUUGCGGUAUCGCGAAGAAGUUGGUUGGAAAUUGUGCGCCGAUCAUUUUGUGGCAAAAGAUUCGGCGAUUUUGCAAAUGGCUGGAGAGGCUAGUGAAAAAAUCAGGGAAAAAAUCGAGAUUUUUCUGAAAUAUAUGUUUUCUAGUAGUUUUCAACCUGCUGAACAUGAUCCCGGUGUCAAAAACUGCAAAUCUCAACUUCUAAUAUGA